CUUUUCAGUUUCAAGUCGACCGCGAAAUUGUAAAGACCGUCGCGGACAUUUUAAACGCUUUUUUUUAAGUUUGAACAAAAUUCAUUUUUUUUUUGUGUGUAUGAGAGAUUUAGUCGCUUGAAAACAAUAACUAUUUAGGAAUUGUAUGUUGUGUUUACUCGUGUAUAUUUGAUGAACGUAUCAAUGAUUUGGCGACAUAAAUUCGAAAAAAAAAUUGUGGACUUUUGAUUUAUUUUUAAUAAAGAAAUUCCCGGAAUUUCGUGGAGAAUAGAGUGUGUGUCUGUGUUUAUCAGUGCGAUCAUUUUUUAGCUAAAGGAAAACCAGUGAAAAUUCUGCAUCAUCCACAUCUACAGAAGAAAAAAAAAACUUUUAAAUCGACAGCCACACAUUCACACAUAUACACUAUUUUGACGAAGGAAAAAGAAUUCUUUCACUACAACGAAAACUUAUAUUAUGAUGCAAGUGUGGAUAAAACUAUUCGUAAUGUGAUCAUAACCAGUUUUGCUGUCAUAAAUGUAUAUGUGAUUAUGAAGACUUUGAGCGCCUUUUGCUCUUGGAAAAAAGUCUUAAAAGUGUUGGUGGUUUAGUGUUGUUUUUCUUCUUUUUUUUUCUUCGUCUUGUGUUUUGCUGUAAAUUUCAUUACAUUCUAAACCAGUGAGUGUAUUUGUACACCAAGAAUUUCUUCGUUGGAUCGGUUUUUAUGAUAUUCUGUACACACCAUUAUAAUUUUUAAAUCGAAAUCCAACUAUGGUGUAUGGCGAUUGAUCUUCCACAGGGAAUAUAUAUGUACACCGACCGAUACCUGUGUAUACAUUGUGUUGUGCUUUUUAAGAAGAAAAAAAAUAUUUGUAUGAAAGAAGAAAAAAAUCUCAGAUGAACGAACAGACGAUCAUGAAGAAAAGGUGAAUUUUUAUGUUCGAUCUAUGUGCGCGCAGUGGUAACAUACAAACAAGAUCAAGAAAUUUUUAUUAGGUUUACUUCAUGGUAUGUGCCUCAUAUAUAAAUUCUAUCUUUAAGACAGAGAAUUAUUUAACAAAAAAAUAAAUAAAACAUUCACACAAAACAUAACACGUGCAGGCAGAGAUAGUAAAGAAACAAUUUGAAAAAAAAAAACGUAAAAACAAAUAUUGAUUCGGAAAGAGUUGGUUGUAAUUUUAAAUAAAUAAAACAGUGAACACAAACCAUAAAGUGCCCGCGAGAGAAAUCACUCGCUGCAAUAAAUGUCAUCGAAAGUUUACUCGACGAUGACUGCAGCCGGUUCACAAUUCGAACAGAUCAAGUGUAAUGGAUCAAGUGAUCAUUAGUUAUGUGCUCAAUAUAAUAAAAUCGAAAUUAUGAUGACAAUCACCAAAAUGCAGAUUGUCAGUGCUCUGUGGCUGUUAGCAAUAGCCGGAUUUUGUAUCGGUAUAGGUAAUGGACAUGGACCCGGGCCGGGACCCGGAACCAGUUUCGUGAUUCCGCGUCGUCGUUCAUCCAUCGGCGAUGGCUAUUCGUCGUCACAGAUGCAAUCGCGCGCGGUCGAUAUGCGUGUCCAAUUGGAAGUGUUUGAAGGUGAACCGAAAGGAACAGUUGUUGGAUAUAUUCCGACAAAAACGGGUUUCACGUAUCGAUUCAACGAGCCGCCACGAGAAUUUACGCUCGAUCCGAACAGUGGUGAAAUUAAAACGAACACGAUAUUAGAUCGGGAAAUGAUUCGCGAUCGGUAUGAUCUGGUUGUCUUGUCCAGUCAGCCCACCUAUCCGAUUGAAGUGCGCAUCACAGUUUUAGAUAUAAACGAUAAUGCUCCCGAAUUUCCGGAACCGAGCAUUGCCGUUUCAUUUUCCGAAAGUGCGGCGUCCGGAACGCGUUUGUUGUUGGAUGCGGCUACCGAUCGGGAUAUCGGUAACAACAGUGUAACCGAUGAUUAUCGGAUCGUCGACGGUAAUCAUGAUAAUAAGUUUCGGUUAGCGGUUACAACGAAUCCCAGUGGUGAUGUGUCGUAUUUACAUUUAGAGACAACCGGUAAAUUGGACAGAGAAACUUGCGGAUUUUAUGUGUUGAAUGUUUCUGCGCGAGAUGGAGGAAAUCCGCCGAAAAAUGGAUAUCUUCAAGUUAACGUGACUGUGGCCGACGUUAACGACAAUCCACCGAUAUUCGAUCACAGUGAUUAUAUCGUUUCAUUGAACGAAAGUGUACCACCAGGUACACCGGUCCUCCAAGUCAUGGCUUCCGAUAACGAUCUCGGAGAUAACAGCAAAAUAACAUACUACUUAGCGGACACCGAGCAACAGUUUACCGUCGAUCCGGAAACCGGUGUAAUUUCGACCACACUAAAACUAACAUGUCCACAACAAAAUUGUCCAUCAUCUGCACGUGGAAGUAGUUGUCCGAAGAGCUGUGUAUUUACCGUCUUCGCCAGAGACCACGGAUCACCGCGCCAGGAUGGACGCACCUACGUUACGGUGAAUCUAGUCGAUACCAAUGACCAUGACCCAGUGAUACGAUUCCAAUAUUUUCCAUCGACUGGGUCAUAUGCUACAGUCGACGAAAAUGCGGUUAAUGGCAGUGUGGUUGCUGCAGUGUCCGUUGUUGAUGUGGAUGAAGGUUUGAAUGGCGAUUGCAAUAUUCAAAUUAUAUCCGGCAAUGAAUUGCAACAUUUUCGGUUGGAAAAGACGCCCAGUUUUGAUUUAGUUCGCGUUAAUGGUGUUUUAGAUCGUGAAGAAAUCGGAAAAUAUAAUUUGACUGUGGUCGCAACUGAUAAAGGCACACCACCACGCACAGCAACUGCCUAUUUAAUCAUUCACGUGAAUGACGUUAAUGAUCAUGAGCCAGUCUUUGAAAAAUCCGAAUAUUCGGCCGUGUUGAGUGAAUCGGCUCCACCUGGUACAUACGUAGCAAGUAUCGGUGCCACCGACGAAGAUACCGGUGUAAAUGCUCAAAUCACAUACGACUUCGUAUCGGGAAAUACAAAUCAAUGGUUCAUGAUCGAUUCGGUUUCGGGAUUGAUAACGACGAGAUCUGCAUUAGAUCGCGAAAUUCAGGGCACGUGCGAACUAAACAUAUCAGCCAGAGAUGGUGGACCGAAUCCGAAAUGGGCAUACACACAAUUGAAAGUGACAAUUUUGGAUGAGAAUGAUGAAGCGCCUCAAUUCUCGCAGCAACAAAUCAAUGUGAGCUUAAGCGAAAAUACGCCACCACAUACACUGGUUGCAAUGCUCACAGCUGCCGAUCAUGAUCAGGGUACGAAUGGCAGUGUUACGUAUUCGUUGCACAGUCGAGUGCAACAACGAUAUCCGGAUGUUUUUGCUAUGGAUGCACUCACCGGCCAAUUGACCACAAAAACUGCACUCGACCGUGAAGUGAUAUCGUCGUAUGAAAUACAAGUUGUUGCUAAAGAUCAGGGCAUACCAUUGCAAUCGGCUACGGCAACAGUUUAUUUGAAUGUUGAAGAUGUGAACGACAAUAGUCCGGAAUUUUAUCCGAAGAAAUAUUUUCUGGCUAUAGCAGACGAUACGCCCGUUGGUACUUCGUUGAUGAAGCUAUCCGCAACCGAUCGCGAUGAAGGUGAUAAUGCCAUAUUAUCGUAUAAUUUGGAGAGCGGUGGUGACGGUUUGUUCAUCGUUGAUAAUUGGACCGGUGCCAUAAGUUUACGCGGCAAUUUGGGUACAUCACAGAAACCAUUACAUAAAUUGGUAAUUUCUGCGAAAGAUCGUGGUGAUCGUCGGUCGGAGCAUGAUGCAAUUGUUGAAAUAAUUAAAGAAACCAAAUUGGAAGAAUUGGAAUUCGAUUCGUAUGGCGGGUAUGAGUUUCAAAUUGUUGAAGAUCAUAGCAUGGAAAAUGCGCAAAUUGGCCGUGAAGUGGGACGUACACAAAUACGUUCAUCGGCAACGAAAAAAAUACCAACAACAACCACAACACCAGCACAUUCAAUUGAAUAUUCAAUUAUAUAUGGUGAUCCUAAAGGCAAUUUUAAGAUAGAUGAACGAACAGGAAUUAUAACCACGGCUACCAAGAUUGACCGUGAAGUCACGAUUAUGUAUACAUUGACCGUUGUCGCUCGCAGGGGUUUAGCUUAUGCUAAGACAACUGUGAACGUAUCAAUUUUGGAUUUAAAUGACAAUGCACCGAUAUUCUCACGGGAUCGUGAUGAUAUACAUUUACCAGAAAAUACGGCUGUGGGCCAAGAAAUUUAUUUAUCUAGAGCACGAGAUAAAGAUUCGGGCAUCAACAGUCGCGUUACAUACAGCAUCACAUACAAUCCGGACGACCAUUUUCGCAUCAAUGAAGCAACCGGUGUCCUAUAUCUGAAUCGACCCAUUCGUGCCGAACCGGGCACCAAUCUGCACAUCGAACUAACAGCAACAGAUGGCGGUACACCACCGCUAUCAUCGAAAAAUACAUUAACCAUUACCGUUGCCGAUGUUAACGAUCACACGCCCGUAUUCGAUCAUACAUCGUACGAAACGUCUUUAUUGGAAUCGACUGCGGUUAACGCACGGUUCUUUGCACUGGGUGCAUCCGAUGCCGAUUUGAAUGAAAACGGACGCAUAUCGUAUGUCAUUUCGGAAGGGAAUAGCGACGGUAAAUUUGGUAUAUUUCCGGAUGGAUAUCUGUUUGUUAAGAGUCAAUUGGAUCGUGAAGAGCAUGACUAUUAUGCGCUAACCAUAUCUUGUCAUGAUCAUGGCGAACCGUCUCGCAGUUCGAUGGUACCGGUCAUCAUCAGGAUAAUCGACGAAAACGAUAAUGCCCCACAAUUUACCAACACCACGUUUACAUUCACUAUCGCUGAAAACGAGCCGGCCGAUUCGUUUGUGGGAAAAUUAACAGCUAUCGACCGCGACAUUGGUCGUAAUGCCGAGUUAAUUUUUACAUUAUCAAAUGUGCAAGACGAUUUUACGAUAGAUCCACGUAAUGGCUUCAUAAAAACGAUGCAUGAAUUCGAUCGUGAAUCGUUGGUGCAAUCAACCGGUCAGCCAUUUGUAAUACUUGAGGCUAUUGUUUCAGACAAUGGUGUUGUGAGACUGAAAGAUAAAGUCAAAGUGAAAAUCAUCAUAUCUGAUGUUAAUGACAAUGCACCGCAGUUUAUACGGGCACCGUACAAAGUUCAAAUAUCCGAAGGUUCUUCGAUCGAUACCCAAUUGAUUCGUGUUUAUACCAUCGACGCCGACGAAGGAUUAAACGGUGACGUAUUUUACAGCAUCGAAUCGGGAAAUGAUGAAGCCCGAUUCAAUAUUGACGAUGCAACCGGUCAAAUAACAUUGGCCCGAAAGCUUGACCGGGAAGUGAAAUCAAUGUACAAAUUGGUCAUUGUCGCUCAUGAUGCGGCUGUUAAGAAUCAACUAUCCUCGACAACAACGCUGACCAUCGAUGUGUUGGAUGAAAAUGACAAUGCGCCCGAGUUUACGCAAACCAAUUCGCAAGUGUUUGUCAAUGAAACGACACAAGUGGGAAAGGAGUUGAUGCGUUUCCGGGCAACGGAUGCUGAUCUGGGUGUGAAUAGCCAGAUUUCGUUUUCCAUUUCGUCGGGUAAUCGUCGCGAUACGUUUCACAUUGAUCCAAUCACCGGGUCGCUUUUCCUGCACAAGACUCUGGACUAUGAGGACACAACGGCAUAUAAUUUGAAUAUCACCGCAUCGGAUGGUGGUAAUCCACGGCUAUCAACGACUAUCACGUUCAUCGUGAACGUCAUCGAUGAGAAUGAUAAUCCGCCGAAUUUUCCCAACACAGCCAUUGUUCGACAAAUACGUGAAGGAAUAUCCGUCAAUACGCCAAUCGUAACGAUCACCGCUGAAGAUCCCGAUUCGGGUGUCAACGGAAAAGUAACCUACGCAAUUUCCCAUCAAGAUCCAUUAAAUCAUCAGCGAUACUUUGGCAUUAACGCAAUGACAGGUGUUAUUAGUACGCUGAAAGAAAUCGAUCGCGAGAGUAUUGACACGUUUCGAUUGACUGUGGUUGCAACCGAUCAAGCAACUGUUGAAACGAAACGAUUAUCGGCUGAAAAAAUCGUGACUGUUAUUGUGGAAGAUAUCAACGAUAAUGCACCGGUGUUCGCAUCUAUGAAUGCAGCUGUGCUGCCGCUUAAGGACAUUCGUGUGGCACCAGGUCGCGACGGUUCUGUUAUUAUGAAUGUUUUCGCUCGUGACGCCGACUCAAGCACCAACGGGUUAGUCACCUACGAAAUGGUGAGCGGUAAUGCGGAAUUGUUUAAGUUGCAUCGCAGCACUGGAGUUAUUUCGUUACGCAAAGCACUAACAACUCCAGAAGCCCGAUACAAACUGGCCGUUAAGGCAACCGACGAAGCCGUACAAAGUGAACGCAAAAGCUCCGAUGCUUAUGUGACAAUAUUCGCGAGUGCCUCAGUGAAUAAUGGACCAAAGUUCGAGAUGAGUGAAUAUUUCGGUAGUGUUUAUGAGAAUGAAAUGCCCGGUACUAGUGUUGUGACUGUGACGGCAAAGUAUAGUUCGUCGGUUGAUAUUGAAUAUUAUGUGACGAAUGUUACGGGUGACGGUCGACAAGUGGAUCGGUUGUUUGACAUCGAUACCAAAUUGGGUAUUUUAUCGACAGCCGCCCAAUUGGAUAGGGAAUUAGGUGUGGAUACGUACGAGAUUGAGGUGUAUGCCAUUAUCAUCGGUGGAUCGCCAAGGACAUCGAAAACUAAGGUUAAAGUCAACGUACUCGACAAAAAUGACAGUCCACCGCAAUUCCCAGACACCCCACUUAUAUUCAGCGUAUCAGAGGACUUGGGUGCUGGUCAUACUGUUGCAACGAUUCGUGCUACCGAUCCAGACACUAUCGGAACACUGUCAUAUGCAUUAAUGUCGGGCGAUGGAAAGAAAUUUUCGCUGGAUAGUAAUACCGGGAUCUUAACGCUUCGUGACACGUUGGAUCGUGAAACAAAGGAUGCAUACGAGUUGAUAGUUCGUGUAACAGAUGGUGUCCAAUUUAGUGAGACAUCAGUUACCAUUCAGGUCACCGAUACAAACGACAAUCCACCAAUAUUUAACGAGCCCGCCUAUUCGUUUGACAUUCCGGAAAAUGCCGAACGCGGAUACCAAGUCGGUGUCAUAUCAGCCAUGGACUCAGAUCUGGGAUCCAAUGCCAUGAUCUCAUACACAGUAAUAUCCGAUUGGGCAAACGAUGUGUUUUCGUUGAAUCCACAAACUGGUGUUUUCACGCUGACAGCGCGAUUAGAUUACGAGGAGGUUCAACAUUAUAUUCUCGUAGUACAAGCGCAAGACAACGGUCAUCCAAGUCUGUCAACAACUCUAACAGUGUACUGCAACGUCUUGGAUUUAAAUGACAAUGCGGCGAUUUUUGAUCCGAUGAGCUAUUCAAAUGAAGUGUUCGAGAAUAUACCGAUUGGUACGGAAGUUGUGACUGUUAGCGCCACCGAUAUUGAUUCCGGCGAUAACGGUCGUAUUGAGUAUGCUAUAACAGCGGGAGACGAUAAUGGUGAUUUCCAAAUGGCACAAAAUGGUACGAUUCUAACCAAACGUGAACUGGAUCGUGAAACAAUCAGCACAUACAAUUUAGUUGUAACCGCAAAAGAUUGUGCCAGACAACCAGAAAAACGGUUAUCUUCAACAGUUCAGGUUACAAUCACCCUGAAAGAUGUCAAUGACCUAUCGCCGGAAUUCAUCACAUCCAACGAGACUAGUGUAAUGGAAAACAUUCCAUUGAAUACAGUCGUCCUAGCUGUUAAAGCUGUCGACUAUGAUGAGGGUCGCAACGGCUACAUCGAAUACGCAUUGGUUGUAGAGCCGAACGUUCCGUUUACCUUGGGUCCCACCGAUGGAUUGCUUCGAGUAUCUGGCCGAUUGGAUCGAGAACUGCAGUCUUCUUAUCCGUUAACUGUGAUAGCAAGGGAUCGCGGUGAACCACCAAGAUCUACGCAGCAACAGAUCAUCGUUAACAUACUGGACGAAAACGAUAACAGCCCGGUGUUUGAUCCGAAACAGUACAGUGCGUCUGUAGCGGAAAACGCUAGCAUCGGAGCAAUGGUACUUCAGGUGUCUGCCACUGAUAUUGACGAAGGAGCCAAUGGACGUGUGAGAUUUUCAAUUUCACUUGGAGAUGAGAACCGCGACUUUAGCAUCAGCGAAGAUUCGGGUAUAGUGCGCGUAGCUAAAAAUCUGAAUUACGAACGAAAAUCUCGGUAUGUGCUAACGGUUCGGGCCGAAGAUUGUGCCGGUGAUAUCGGUAACGGUGAAAUGCGUUUCGAUACCGCCGAACUAACGAUAUCGAUUAGUGAUAUAAAUGACAAUCCGCCAACGUUUCUCGAUUCGCCGUACUUGGCCUAUGUGAUGGAAAAUGUGAUACCACCGAACGGUGGCUAUGUGAUUAAAGUGAAAGCUUAUGAUGCGGAUACGCCGCCGUUUAAUUCACAAGUGAGAUAUUUUUUGAAGGAGGGUGAUGCUGACCUGUUUCGAAUUAAUGCGUCGAGUGGUGAAAUAUUUUUACUGAGAGCGCUGGACCGAGAAUUGCAGGCGGAAUAUUCACUGACUUUGGUCGCAAUGGAUACGGGAUCACCACCACUUACCGGCUCCGGUACCGUACGCGUUAUCGUUCAGGACAUGAACGAUCACAAUCCCGAAUUCGAGCGGCACAACUAUCAUGCAACAGUGCUGGAAAAUUCUCCCGCCGGUACGAGUGUCCUUCAACCGAAAGCAUUCGACAAAGACACCGGAUUGAAUGCCAAAAUUCGAUUCAGUUUGCUCGGCGAGAAGGUGGAACGUUUCCAUAUCGAUUCGGAUACUGGUCUGAUUACAACUGCUAUGGUUUUGGAUCGUGAAGAGAUGAGCGGUUAUCAUAUGACCCUAAUGGCACAAGACAGUUCGCCGACAGAACCGAGAGCGUUUGCUGUUAAUCUAACUGUGGCUGUUCUGGAUGUUAAUGACAACAGUCCGGUGUUUGCAUCGUCUACCUUCAAUAUCAACAUUCCUGAUCGUAUAAAGCCGGGUCAAUUUGUUUACGGAGCUGUGGCCAUCGACAGUGAUGAGGGUGAUAACAGUCGAAUCAUUUACUCCAUUAGCGGUAAAGCGAAGGAUAAAUUUACCAUCAACGGAAGUACGGGAGUGAUUAAAACCGCUCAAGAACUAGCACUGAAUGGUCAGGGAAAUGACAAGACCUACAAUUUAAUCGUUCACGCCUUUGACCAAGGAGCCGAGUCGAAAUCAGCCAGUGCAGAGUUGAAUAUAAUUUUGAGGCCAGCGCAUCUGUUCCCAACAUUCUCAUACAUGGCAAACAACCAAUUCACAUUAUCCGAGGACAUGCCCGAAAAUCAUAUCGUAACCAAAUUAACAGCCACGUCUCCGAAGAGAGGAGCUGUGGCCAACAUUAAUUACUCUAUUGCUGGCGGGAAUGUGCGGGAUGCAUUGAAGAUCGAUUCCAACACCGGCGAAGUGUCGAUUUCGAAAGGUGGACUAGACUAUGAGAUCCUUCAACAGUAUGAAAUUUGGAUCGAAGCUGCCGAUUCGGAUCGUCCUAGUUUGAGAAGUGUAGUUCGGAUAACAAUCAAUGUCACCGAUGCGAAUGACAAUGCACCAGUCAUGGACAAAUUGAUUUACAAUUCGGAUGUAAUGGAAGAGGAAUCGCCACCACUACUCGUCACCAAAGUGUCAGCAAUUGAUCAAGAUUCCGGUGAAAAUGGUAUCGUCACCUAUCGACUGAAGAACGACUUUGACGGAUCAUUCGAAAUCGAUGCGGACAGUGGGGAGAUCUAUACCAGUGUUAAAUUGGACCGAGAGGACAUUCCAAAUUACGAAUUGAUCGUUGAAGCUGUGGAUCAGGGCAUGCCACAACACACCGGCACUGCAAGUGUUUUGGUUCAGAUUUUGGAUAAAAAUGAUAAUCCGCCGAGGUUCACCCGUUUGUUCAGCGUAAAUGUAACGGAAAACGCUGAGAUCGGGUCAUUUGUUAUCAGAGUUACAUCGUCCGACCUGGAUAUCGGUGAAAAUGCCAACGCGACGUACAAUUUUACGGAAAAUCCCGGAAACAAAUUUUCGAUCGACCCAAUUACGGGUAAUGUUACGGUUGCUGGGCAUCUGGAUCGUGAACAACAAGACGAAUUUGUUUUGAAAGUCGCUGCUGUUGAUGGUGCUUGGCGAGCUGAGACACCUCUUACCAUAACUUUAGUCGAUCAAAACGACAACGCACCCGAAUUCGAGCACAGCUACUACAGUUUCAACUUUCCCGAGCUUCAGAGAUCCGUGGCAUUUGUUGGUCAAGUGAUAGCAACCGAUCGUGACAAACAGGGACCGAAUUCAGUCAUUUCAUACUCACUCCAACAGCCAUCCGAUCUGUUCAUCAUCGAUCCGGCAACUGGAGAAAUACUCAGUAAACGUACUAUCCGUUACAAGCACACCCAAAUGGAAUCAUCGCCCGAAAAUAUGUACGUGCUGACGGUCCUAGCAACGGACAACGGCAAGCCACCAAUGUACUCCGAAUGUCUGGUCAACAUCAAUGUGGUCGAUGCGAAUAACAAUCCACCGCGAUUCGAUCAAAAGGAAUAUUUGUCACCGGUUCCAGACGAUGCGGUCGUCGGACAAAGAGUGGUUCAAGUUCAGGCUAAGGACGAAUUUGAUUUCGGCGUAAAUGCUGAAGUUGACUACAUGAUCUCCGGUGGCAACGGUUCCAGUAAUUUCAUAAUCAACAAAUACGACGGUUGGAUCUCGGUGUCGAAGCCAUUGCAGAACAGUCAAUCGAUGAACGCGUAUGAACUGUAUGUAAAAGCCGUUGAUCGGGGCUCACCACCGCAACAAGACGAAGUGAUUGUACGCAUCAUGGUGACCGGUGAAAAUAGAUACAGUCCCGUCUUCACAGCACUCAGCUAUCAGGUUAUUGUUCCGGAAAAUGAGCCGAUCGAUUCGACCAUACUGACGGUCAGUGCGACAGAUUUGGAUGAUGGACCGAAUGGCAUGAUCAGAUACGCGAUUUCCAGUGGUAAUGUGAAGAAGGAGUUCGGUGUGAAUCCAGUGACCGGUGCCGUAACUAUUCUUCAGCCGUUGGACUAUGACGUCAUUCAAGAAUAUCAUUUGAACAUCACAGCGCAAGAUCUUGGAUUCAAGUCGAAAAGUGCGGUGGCAAUGUUAACCGUCACCCUAACAGACAUCAACGACAACGAACCCGUGUUCAAUCAAACCGAGUACCACGCAUUUUUGGCCGAAAAUUCACCAGUUCGAAGUUUCGUAUACAAAGUCAUCGCAACCGACAAGGACUCGCCUAAAAAUGCGAUCACCCAUUAUUCGAUCAUUGGGGGCAGUGGAAAGGACUUGUUCGCUAUCGAUCAGGCAACUGGUGUGGUAACAUCCAAAGUGACAUUCGAUUAUGAAGAGGACAAUCUUCACGAUCUGAUCGUCAUGGCCGUCAAUCCCGAUUCACCCAUGUCAAGUACCACCAAAAUCCAGGUUCACAUAACCGGCGUCAAUGAAUUCUAUCCGAGAUUCGUUCAGCCGGUCUUCCAUUUCGAUGUUUCUGAGUCGGCAGAAAUCGGAACCAGUGUCGGUUUGAUUCAAGCUACAGAUAAAGAUGCUGGUGAUGAUGGUCGAGUUUAUUAUCUACUGGUCGGUUCUAGCAACGACAAGGGAUUCAGUAUCAAUGCAGAGAGUGGUAUAAUGACUGUGUCCAGGAAUUUGGAUCGUGAAACGCAGAGUCGUGUCGUGUUGACCGUUAUGGCGAAAAACUUUGGUGGAAUUCGUGGCAAUGACACCGAUGAGGCGCAAGUGAUCAUAUCGAUUCAGGAUGGUAACGAUCCGCCGGAAUUUUUAUUGGAUUUGUAUGAAGCAACGGUAUCGGAGGGAUCUGAUGUCGGAACGAGUGUUGUCAGUGUGAAGGCUGUCGACAAGGAUGUUCGACCGCAAAACAAUCAGUUCAGUUAUUCCAUCAUUGGCGGCAAUGUUGAUCAGUCGUUCAAGAUCGAUCCACAGAGCGGAAAUAUUCAAACUUCACGGAAGUUGGACCGAGAGUCAAUGGACAGUUACAGUUUAAUCGUCGGAGCAAUAGAUGUUGGCAUUCCACCACAGACUGGCACCACUUUGGUUCGGAUUUCAGUUGGAGAUAUAAACGACAACGGACCAACAUUCGAGUCAUCAAACACCAUUGGUUAUGUAUCGGAAAAUGAACCGCCUGGCACCAGCAUCAUGACCCUAACAGCAAUCGACCAAGAUCUUCCACCGAACGGAGCACCAUUCACCUAUCAAUUGAUCGGUGGACGUCACAAAUCGUUCGUCACAAUCGAAAUGCAUUCGGGUCUGAUGAAAACGACGCGUAGCAUUGAUCGCGAAUCGACAUCCAAAUUGGAAUUGCUCGUCGAAGUGGAAGACAAUGGUACGCCGAAAUUGCGAUCACAGCAUCCGAUCGUUGUGCAUAUUUUGGAUCAAAAUGAUACACCAUCAACACCGCGUACCGUUCACAUACUGUUGCAUGUAUUCAAUCAGAAAUUACCGGUCGGUAAGAUCGCCGACGUCCAUCCAAAUGACUUGGAUACAACCGGUGACUACAAAUGCAAAAUUUUAAUGGAUUCGAAUCCUGCGGGCGCAUUUAAAAUUGUGAAUGGCUGCAAUUUGCAUGCAUCGCCCGAUAUACCCAUACAAGGUUACUCGUAUUCGGUGUCGGGUAACGAUGGCAAGCAUUCGGAUGUUGUAUCAACAGUGAGUGUUGAAUUUAUGUUCUUCGACAAUCGAACGGUGGAACAUUCGGUGACAAUCAAAAUGUUCAAUAUGAGCGCCAUUCAGUUCAUAUCCAGUUAUUAUCGCAGUUUUUUGGAUGUUAUGAAAGCGGCUGUUGAGUCGAACGAUGUCAUCACCAUGUACAGUUUGCGUGACACGAAUUCCAGUCUGGAAAUAACCGUUGCUGUACGAAUGGGAGCGGCCGGAGGUUAUCGAUCGACAUCGUUUUUGAUUGAACGGUUCAAUAAGAAACGGAAUGCCAUGAUCCAAUUGCUGCAGAUAUCCAACAUAACCAUUGGUUACACACCAUGCGAUGAGGCCAUAUGUGAUAAUGGAGGUGUGUGCUCACAGCAAAUCAAUGUUGGCGAUGAGACUCGAAUCAUUGACAGCCAAUCGCUGAUAUUCACAUCGCCAUCGGUGAGUCACGACUUCAAGUGCAGUUGUUCGGAUGGAUAUACUGGCCUCAAAUGUGACAAAAGAACAGAUCCGUGUGCACCGAAUCCAUGCCAGGCUGGUGGACACUGUCGUCGACAAGGAUACGAUUUUCAAUGCACUUGUCCCAGUCAUCGUGAGGGCAAAGUUUGCCAAUUGGAGCGUGGAGACGUUUGCAGCAGUAUGCCUUGUAAGAACGGUGGUUCGUGCCGGGAAAGUCCUGAUGGUUCGUCGUUCUUCUGCUUGUGUCGUCCAGGUUUUCGUGGAAAUGAAUGCGAAACGGUAGCCGAUUCGUGUCGACCGAAUCCAUGCCUGCACGGAGGACUUUGCGUUAGUUCGAAGCCGGGAUACAAAUGCAGUUGCGUUGAUGGUCACUACGGAAUACACUGUGAGAGAUCGACAUUCGGUUUUCACGAACUGUCGUACAUGUCGUUUCCAGCCCUCGAUGCAGCCACCAACGACAUUUCAAUUGUCUUUGCUACAACGAAACCGGAUGCUCUGCUGAUCUACAAUUAUGGAACACAGAGUGGUGGAAGGUCUGACUUCGUGGCAAUGGAAAUUGUUCGAACAAAAGCUGUGUUCUCGUUUGGCGGUGCAAGAACUGCAAUUACAUCUGUGGAGACCGGAGGAGCUGAUGGCACUUUAUCGAAUGGAAAAUGGCACAAAGUUACUGCCACGCGAAAUGGACGAGUGAUGUCGCUGAGUGUAUCCCGAUGCUCUGACAAUGGAGAUGUCUGUGAAGAAUGUCGACCAGGCGAUGCAUCUUGCUAUUCAGACGACGUGGGUCCCACUGGCACGCUAAACUUCAACAAACAUCCUCUCCUAAUUGGUGGUUUAUCAUCAGCCGAUCCAGUACUGGAACGACCAGGACAAGUCCAUUCGGAUGAUCUGGUUGGAUGUGUUCAUAGUGUAUCAAUCAACGGAAGACCUUUAAAUCUAACGAAUGCAAUCGAAUCACGAGGAAUAUCACCAACAUGCACCCGAAACAGUAAUGGUGGUCCUUGUUCGCAAGGUCUUCCAGAAGAUCCAACUUUGUCGCUUUGUGGUUCGUUCGGUGGUUGUAUGGAUCGUUGGCAUUCGGCAAUGUGUCGAUGUGGGGGCAACUUGUUAUCGCCGGACUGUUACAAUUCGUUGGAUCCGAUUUCAUUGGGUGACGGAGGAUUUGUGGAAUUUAAAAUCUCGGAAAAACAUCGUCGAAUGCAGCUGCUGGACAAUUUGUACAGCGGCUCAACGGUUUGGACAUACGAUGUUGGGCGCACAAAGAGGUUCUCGUCUAAUGAAAAUGUCACCAAUCUGGCACUCGCAAUCGAUCCACCAAAGAUAUUGAGCCUACUGUUCCGUACGGUUCGCAGUGAGGGACUGAUUUUGUAUGCCGCGACCAACGAUCAUUUCACUUCGGUCGAACUACGUGAAGGAAAACUGUUUUACCAAUCGAAACAGGGAACAUCGGUGAACAUGACCGUUCAUCAUCCAAAUGUGGCCGAUGGAAAGUGGCACAACAUUACCCUGAACGCAUUCAAUAGAGUCUUGCAGGUCAUCGUCGAUGGUGUUCGAGUGGGCGAUGAAUUGGAUUCUGCCGGUGUGCACGACUUCUUAGAUCCAUAUCUGACGGUGCUAUCAGUGGGUGGUGUGAGACGGGAAUUAUUUGUGCAGGAGUCCUUACCACCCAGCUUUGAGGGAUGUUUGGCAAAUUUCACGAUAAACAACGAGAUUCAGCCGUUCAACGGUUCGGGAAGCGUAUUCCAGAACAUAUUGACACGUGGUAAAGUGUACCAAGGUUGCCAUGGCGUUGUUGGCGUCGGUGCAGCUCAAAUACCAGAUCCAUUGAGCAUUGGCAUAACUCUGGUUAUCGUUUUCUUCGUCAUACUGUUGAUUGCGAUCCUGGUGUCAUUUGUGGUGUUUCGAUUGAGAAAGCAACAGAAAGAAAAGAGUGGCGGUCUACACAAACCGUCUGGCGGUUCCACAUUGCUCGGUACUGGAGGCCUAGUCUCAUCGAAUGAUAUACUCGGUCGUGGAAUUCAUUCGAACGAUGCAUCAAUCGGUUUUCAUUCGGAUGGAGAUGUAAUUCGGGGCGUUGGUCAUCAUCUUGUCGGACCCGAAUUGAUUUCAAAGAAGUACAAAGAAAGAGACCUCGGAGCAACAGAGCUUCAACGUCCGCAACGACCAGACAUUAUUGAACGCGAAGUGGUCAGCAAAAGUCCCCCACUUCGUGAAGACCAUCAUCAGUCGAGCGGUGUGGAUCUAAACGAGUAUCCAGAGCACUACGAUCUGGAGAAUGCAAGUUCAAUCGCUCCGUCUGACAUCGACAUUGUGUACCAUUACAAAGGCUAUCGAGAAGCUGGUGGAGUUCGAAAAUAUAAGGCAACACCGCCUCCUGUCGCUUCAUACACACAUCAUAAACAUGGAAACACAUCACAACAACAGCAUAGGCAUUCACCACAUCAUGCCGGAUCAUUUGCUCCACGUGCACCACCUCAAACUAGUCAAACACAAACAUCAAAUGCACCACGCCAGCACCAAAGUACACCAUUGGCGAGACUGUCUCCAAGUUCGGAAUUGAGUUCACAACAACCGAGAAUCUUAACGCUACACGACAUUUCCGGCAAGCCACUGCAAAGUGCUCUUCUAGCAGCCACCACAUCCAGUUCUGGCGGCGUCGGAAAAGAUGCACUGCACAGCAAUAGCGAGCGCAGUUUGAAUAGUCCAGUUAUGUCUCAACUAUCUGGUCAGAGUUCCAGUGCUAGUCGAACAAAACCAGGCGUACAAACACAAACAUCCAACGGCAAUUCCGUCGGUGGUCCAAUGGGACUGACUGCUGAAGAAAUCCAGCGGCUUAAUGCUCGAACAUCUAGUCUUGUUUCAACGUUAGACGCAGUGUCGUCCAGCAGUGAAGCACCUCGUGUUCCCGGUGCAUCUCACCUCAACCAUUUACACCAUUCGCCAGCUGUUGAUGCGCAUAGUAGUUCCUCGACAACGGACGAAAGUGGAAAUGACAGCUUCACCUGCUCCGAAAUCGAGUACGACAAUAACAGCUUAAACGGUGAUAAGUUUCCGAAAAGCGGCGACGACGAAGAUCGUCGUGGCAACGACAGCGGCACAUCGGCCAAACCACCACCAAUGCACCCGCCGUACGACGGUUUCGACUCAUCGUUUCGUGGCUCACUCAGUACCUUAGUUGCGUCCGACGACGAUCUGUCCACACACAUGGGCCAUCAAAUGUACCGGCCAUCGAAUGCAACAUCACCAGCAGCAACGGCACUUGGUUGGGACUAUCUGUUAAAUUGGGGACCGUCAAAUUUCGAUAAUUUGAUUGGUGUGUUUAAGGACAUAGCCGAAUUACCCGAUGGUGGCAUGGUGCCGUUACGAAUGCCGUCGAAUGUACAGAAGCCAUCGGAAGAAUAUGUGUAGGGGAUAUAGGGGAGUUUAAGAAAAUUGAGGUAGAUUAAAUUGUAAGUACACGAACACGUAACAUACGCCGAAAGACACCUUGUAUCAAGAUGUGCUUGCGAUGCUUGUCUUCAUUUAAAAAGUUUUUUUUUUUUGUUAAGAAAAGUAAGAGAAAAACCGGAAAACAUUUCACAAUAUUUGAGUGCUAUAAAUAAGAAAUGUGUUGCGGUAUUCAGCACAUUUGGCUCCUUAAUGUUAGUGUAAAUGCCAUAUUAGACAACUAUAUAUAUUUUGCCACUGAGAUUUUCUACUUUGAUUAAUUAUUUUAGAUCUUAGCGAAAAAUGGGAAAAGAAUUUUGAUUAAUUUUUGAUGAAUGAAACUAUGGACGAACGGAUAAUCUAAUUUCAGAUUUUUAUAAAUAUUUACAAAGACUGCAACUCGUUUCGCGAGUUUUUUUUUAUUAUUUAAUUUAAUUUUUUGUUUUCUUUUAUAAUUGCACUAACUAAAGGUUUUAUUGAAAUAAAUUAAUUUUUGUUUUGUACAGUGACUAUGUUUAAUAAUAAGUAAAAUAUAUUCCAUUAAGCUAUAGGGAUCUAUGAAUGUAAAACCGAAUGUGCGAAUUAAAAUAUUCUCUUUUAAUACAAUCAUUAGUUGUCGUUUGUACAUUUUAACACCCAUUGAAAUUACCUCUGUAAAAACUUAGAAAAUGAAAAUUGAACUAAAAUGAACAAAUUGAACAAAACUUUAUAGAAAUUGUGAAAAAAGGUGAUGCGUGUGCUAUUUAAGAGAUAGAAAUGAAAUUUAUAUAAAAAGAAACGAACCUCAACAAUUUACCUAUCGUAGUGGUACUGAAGCUUCAUGCAUGUUUUUAUUAGGCACAAAAAAAAAAUUAUUUAGACGCUAAGAAUUCUAGUGUACAGUUUUUAUACGAAUGAAUUGAAAAUAAAAGUGAAAAUUACGAUGAAUAA